UUCUCCAUUCGACGCCAGUUGCGCAUUGGCGCUUGUCGAGAAAUGUUCACCAAAAAACAAUAGUCCAUGAACUCUGUUGCAAUAACCUUGACCUUUGUUUACUACAACAUUAUUCAGGAUGUCUUAUAGGUGAUAAACGUACAGAUAAGAUGCUCGCCAAGUGCAGGCUGUGUGCAGUACUGAAAUGCUUCAGAAAAAACGAUUCUUCCAAAGAUAUUUCUUUGUCGGAUCUUGACAUAUCUAAUAAGAAUUCGGAAAUGGAUUUGCCUAAAACUACGGAAGGGAAUAUACGAAGAAAACGAAUUAAUUUAUCCCUAGAAAAAUCGAGAUUUUGGGAUAUGUGUUGCUACUCUAGAAAAAAGUCAAAAAUGGCUAAAAUGGAGAGAACUGUUAAGGCUACCUUACUUAUACAAAAAUGGUUCAGAAGAUAUAUGGCCAGAUUGGAAUUACGUCGUAGGUAUACAUGGAAUAUAUUCCAAAGCCUUGAGUAUGCCGGCGAACACGACCAAGUAAAGCUAUAUAAUUUUUUCAAUGCACUCCUAAGCCACAUUCCUGUAAAUAGAGAAGAAAGUACAAAUACUACUGGAAACACUGCAACAAAUGGUAAGUGAGAUGAAUCUGUAAUCAUAUCAGAUUUCUUUAGUUAUUGUUUUUUCUCAGACGAGUAUUUUACUGUACUCAUUCAAGAUGAUUCCGAAGACGAAGACAUGUCCGAUGGCGAUAAACAGUUCAGAAUAUCUUUUCCCUUGACGGAAGACAUUGUACGUUCACUGAUAGAAAUGUACAAGACAAAACGACAUUUCAGGCUUCCUGCAAAAGAUCUUGGGGAGAUAUUGAAACGUUCAAUAAUAGGAUUGAGGAAAUUACCAAACUUGAAUCCCGCAUGUACAGCACUUGCGAAACAAAUAACAGUGUGUGGGGAUCUACAUGGAAAGUUCGAUGAUCUUCUAACCAUUUUUCAUAAAAAUGGCUUCCCUUCUCAUGAAAACCCCUAUGUAUUCAACGGAGAUUUCAUUGAUCGAGGACGUAGAGGUAUUGAAGUUUUGACAGCCCUCUUGUGUCUAUUCCUGCUCUAUCCAGAGGCAAUAUUUUUGAAUAGAGGGAAUCACGAAGAUGCGAUCAUGAAUUCGAGGUAUGGAUUCAUUAGAGAGGUCCAACAAAAAUAUCCUAGAACAAGUUCGCAUAUAUUGAAACUCAUCGAGGGUGUUUAUAGAUGGCUUCCUUUGGGAACUCUCAUCAAUAAUAAAGUACUAGUGGUGCACGGUGGAAUUUCUGAUUCAACAGAUUUGGAAAUAAUUAAGGAAAUUGACCGCAGUAAGUACGUUUCGCUACUCCGUCCUCCCCUCUCUCAUGGAAGUAAAGGUUCUGACAGCGUCGAUAAAGCAGAAUGGAAGCAGGUUUUUGACUUGUUAUGGUCCGAUCCCAUGACAGGAAAUGGAUGUGUCCCGAAUACACUGCGAGGAGCUGGAACUUACUUCGGACCAAAUGUUACGAGUACAUUCCUGGAAAAGUAUGAUUUGCUUUUUCUCAUCCGAUCGCACGAGUGUAAAUUGAACGGAUAUGAAAUGUGUCAUGAUGAUAAGGUGAUAACUAUUUUCUCCGCUUCGAAUUACUAUGAAAUAGGAUCAAAUAAGGGAGCCUACUUGAAUUUAUUGGGCGAUGAACUGACUCAACAUUUUGUACAAUUCAGUUCUGUGAUAGGAAAGGCGAAAAAUUUGAACUGCUUCCAAAGAAUGAGUAUCAUAGAAUCCUCCGUUGUUCGUGAAAUACAAGGUCAGAUUUUGAGGAACCAAACGAAAUUAGAAUCCAAAUUUCGUUCACUGGACGAAGAGGAUACGGGACUGAUAUCUAUUGGAGAUUGGUGCAAAGCUAUGGAAAUGGCUACAGGACUUGAGUUGCCGUGGAGGAUGUUAAGAAAUAAAUUAGUUACGAUAGAUAAUGAAUCUCAAUUGGUCAUUUAUCGGACGACAUUUGAUAAUAUAGGAAAAACUAAUACAAACUCUGUCCAAGGAGUGCAAGGUUACUCAACUGUGGUCGAAACUUUGUACAAGAAUAGACAGAAUCUGGAAGCAAUAUUUCGAAUAAUAGACAAAGAUAAUUCUGGUUAUAUAAACAGGGAAGAAUUCCACGAGGCUUGUGAACUCAUAAAGGAAUAUUUACCGAAUUCCAAUAGCAUGGAACAACUAGAUGACAUAUGCCAAUUGAUGGAUUUGAAUAAGGACGGACUUGUUGAUCUCAACGAAUUUCUUGAAUCGUUCAGAAUGGUCGAUAAAGAUCGAAACAGAAACGACGAUUCCUUGGAGGAGAAAGAAACUCUACCAGAAGUCAAAGUAACAGAUAGUGGUAAAUCAACUGAUGAAGUUGUACCGAAGGAAGAGGCGCAGGCAGACGAAAAUGCGAAAAAAGAAAGUCCAGAUUCUGGAUCACCUAGUUCCUUACCUCUUUUCACAGUUUCUCCUUUGAGUUCUGCAUCUUUAGAAGUGGUGCUUUCAAAAGAAACCCCACAAGUUAAAACGAAUAAGUUAACCGAUUGUUGUAACCAGAAAAAAGAACAUGUACCUUUCACUCCAAGUGAUUCCAUUCAAUCUCUGAGUUACAUCGAACUCGUCGAAAAACCAGAUGUUAUACAGAAAUCGAACUCUUCCAGAGAACUAGCCGAUUCUGAUCUAGACACUGCGCCAAUAACGGAAAAAACAACGCAAAUCCAAUCUCCUGUAUUAAGUUCAAGGAGGGGAAGUCAGAUUUGAAUGUGUAUGCGAAAAAUAUUGAAAUUAAUUAAAAAAAAUAUUGAUUUA